GUUUGCCUUUGAGGACUGCUUUUUUGUUGUUGUUGUUGCAUAUUCAAAACAUAUACAAAUUGCUUGUGAAGUUUGCAGAGCUUGACUCAACGUCGCAUCCCGACCAUGUUUCAAUAUCAACUCAAUUGGAAAGUCUAACAACUAUAGCUGUGAGGUGGAUUAACAAUAGUUUACUACUUUUAAAAUAUUUCAGAUAACGAGGUCCUUGACUAACUAACUUGACUCAUUGCUUUCAGAAUGAACAUUUGAAGAAGUCUUGUUAAUGUUUGGCAACAGAAUUGCAACAGAAUUUGCUCAAAAAUAAUUCAAUGUAAGCAGUGUUUGGCAACUUGAAAGCACUUCCUUUUAAAGUGAGAUAAGAUUAUUUGUGGAUUUUCUCGAGAAUGGAACAAACAUUCGGUGACAAAUGAUUUCAAAACCAUAGGAAUGUGAACUUUACAACUUCUGCAGCUGUCAUUCAGUGUGCGGAGUGACUGCAUAUUUUUAUCAACAACAGAUGGCAGCAAAUACCUGCCAAACAUUUCUGCAAUGCAAUGAUGACAUUUCCUAUUUCAACAUAACCCUCUAAUCUGGUAACGGUGAACAUAACGAGACGGUGAGAGAGACUACAGACACAAUGAGUUCUGAGCCACUCACUCGCUCCGAGGUGUUUGGACAACUGAGGAAGGAGUUGUAUGGAGAUGACCAGUCCCACCACACUGAGACACACAUCUUCAUUAUCUUAGGAGCCUCAGGUGAUCUUGCCAAGAAGAAGAUAUAUCCCACAUUAUGGUGGCUGUUCAGAGACGGACUGCUCCCCAAAGAGACCUACUUUGUGGGCUUUGCCCGCUCCAACUUGACAGUGGAGGACAUCAAGACGGCGUGUCUGACACACAUGAAGUUGGCUGACGGGGAGAGCGAGGCUCUGUCAGCGUUCUUCAGCAGGAACUCCUACCUGUCAGGCAGGUAUGAUGAUGGGGGCUCCUUCUCCCGUCUCAACGCCCACUUGGCCUCCCUGUCUGGGGGACCUGAGGCCCACCGCCUCUUCUACCUGGCGCUGCCCCCCAGCGUCUACCAUCAUGUCAGCAAGAACAUCCAGGCCCACUGCAUGAGCCACAAAGGCUGGAGUAGGGUGAUAGUGGAGAAGCCAUUCGGACGGGACCUUCAGAGCUCCCAGGAGCUUUCUGUCCAUCUCUCCUCCCUCUUCACAGAGGAUCAGAUCUACCGCAUAGACCACUACCUGGGCAAGGAGAUGGUGCAGAACCUGAUGGUUCUUAGGUUUGGGAACAGAAUCUUUGGGCCAAUCUGGAACAGGAACAGUGUGGCCUGUGUGGUGCUCACCUUCAAGGAGCCCUUUGGCACUCAGGGCAGGGGAGGUUACUUUGACGACUUUGGUAUCAUCCGUGAUGUCAUGCAGAACCAUCUCCUCCAGAUUCUCUCCCUGGUUGCCAUGGAGAAGCCAGUCUCCACUAGCUCCGAUGACGUGAGAGACGAGAAGGUGAAGGUACUGAAGUGCAUCGCUCCAGUGAGUCUGUCAGAUGUGGUGCUGGGUCAGUAUGUCGGGGACUCGGGGGGGGUGGGAGAGGCCAGGCAGGGCUACCUGGACGACCCCACGGUGCCCCAGGGCUCCUGCACGCCCACCUUCGCCACCGCCGUGCUCUACGUCCAGAACGAGAGAUGGGACGGUGUUCCUUUCAUCCUGCGCUGCGGCAAGGCUCUGAACGAGCGCAAGGCGGAGGUGCGUCUCCAGUUCACCGACGUGCCGGGGGACAUCUUCGCCGAGCGCUGCCAGAGGAACGAGCUGGUGGUGCGGGUGCAGCCGGACGAGGCCAUCUACCUGAAGAUGAUGACCAAGAAGCCCGGAGCAUGCUGCCCCGAGGAGACCGAGCUGGACCUCACCUACAAGAGCAGAUACAAGGAUGUGAAGUUCCCUGACGCGUACGAGCGGCUCAUCCUGGACGUCUUCUGUGGGAGUCAGAUGCACUUCGUCAGGAGUGAUGAGCUGAUGGAGGCUUGGAGGAUCUUCACUCCCCUCCUCCACCACAUCGAGGAAGAGAAGACUCCCCCCAUUCCUUACACCUACGGAAGUCGGGGGCCGUGUGAGGCAGACCAGCUGGUGAGGAAGGUGGGGUUCCGCUACGAGGGAACAUACAAGUGGGUGAAGCCCCACACGUCAUGACACGCACACAUAACAGUUCAUUUGAAAAAAUGUGUUCUUUGGAUUGGAAAUAUUUAUUCCAUCAUGAAUGAUUUUCUGCAUUUUCAUCAUUACAUUCAGGUCUCUCAGUUUUCCUCAUUAUAAUCAAUGUAAAAUCAUAAUAAUUAUAACUUACAUAUUAAUUUACACUGUGAUUGCCGCAUGAUACAAAUUAUGAUUGGGCCAAUUGUUUAUUUGAAAAAUAAAAUAUGAAAUACCUAAUUCAUUGAUGUGGUUUUGGUCUCCCUUUCAGUUUACUCCAAUUUAAGGCCCUAUCAUUUCUCCUAUUAUUUUUACUCUGCCUGAGAGAGAAUAUUUAACUGUCAUUAAUCAUUUAAUAAUUUCUUUCACUCUUUCAAUAGUUCUGUAUUUCUGUAUUGUGUAAUCAAUCUACUGUCACUGUACCUGACUAGCCUUGAGUGAGUAUGCAGGGAUAACAGCUAGGUGUGCUGCAGGGGCUCUGUGAGUUGUCUUAAAUCAAGGAGGUAGUGGAUUAGCACAGACGGGUAAGUUUCCUCUUUCGCUUAUCAGUUCUUCAAAAUGAAACUAACUCUCCUACACCCUGACUCCCACUGUCUGCUGGGAGUACGUUCCCAUCCUUCAGUGUAAUGUCUCUCUCUGUCUCUCUCUCUGUCUCUCUCUCUGUCUCUGUCUCUCUCUCUGUCUCUCUCUCUCUCUGGCCAGGAAGGCUAUUAACACAGGCUGUCAUCAGCUGCUGAAUGAUGAUCCUUCCUGUUUCUUGUGUCUGUCCCUCCCAGGUACACAGCCUUACUGUAGGCCUGCCCAUUACUCCACGCACACACACACAUGCACAGCUGGUUUUAGAGGCCCAAAGUAAAGAGAAGACGUGAAGUGUCAUCAUGCCGGCUGAGUCAUCAAACUGCUCUGAAACAUGGAUGUGCUCUGUCCUGGGUCUUUUUUUGGUGUUGCCAGAAAACCAUUUAAAAACCGCCCAUGUUAAAACAUAGCCAGUAAUUUACAUUCCAUAUGGGAAUAACAUGCUAAUGCAACAGCAGUUGGACUGGUUUGUGAUAUUUGAAAAACAAUAAAAUGUUAGUCAACA